AUCAGUUUAAGCGACUCUUGAUUGUAACGGUAACGCAGUGAAUAUUUCACAAGUUGAUCAAUCUACUACCACCGUCAAACGUAUUUUUAUUGUUUAACAUAUUUGGCAACAGUGAGUUGAAAACAAUGGUCUCAUCGGGGUCAGUUUGGUGUUGGGCUCUUUUGACUUGCAUUUUAAUCUCUUUUUACAAUAUGUUGACGGCAUACGCUGAAAUAAGUUCGCCAUCGAGUUCCACGACGACGAACGUUUGGUUUAACCGUAUGGAUAAAUUGCCCCUGGAGCUGCGCGCAAACCUAAAAUCCGCAUGGGUCAAAGUCCCAAAGUAUAUCGACAAGGAAUCCACAUUUUCCAGAGAUUUUAGAAUGGAAACAAUUGAUGGAAAAGCCGUAGUUCCAAAAGGUGAGGAGAAAUUGCCAAAUGACUUGGACGGAGUUAUUGGGAAAGUGCCACCAGACGCUGUAUCUACUGUCAGAGAUAAAAAGGCGCCAAACCGUUCCAAGCAUUUUACUGCUGACAGCAAAAAGUCUGACAGUUCCUUUGAAGUUAAAGACGGUACAUUUGCUUCAAGUAACCGUACGAGGACAAAGCGAAGCACAUCAUUUGGCGAAUAUUCGGGCAGGAGUCAAAUUGGAGGUCCUGGUGACGCAUUUUCAGCCGAGAAGCUUGUGGAGCCUUUACAAGGCGUUUACAGUUCGAGGACAGAAUACCGACGAACUGGGGAGGACGCAAGAACUAGCUCGAGGCAAAGUGAGCCGCUUCUGGUUACCUCCACUUUCCCUCUGUCCGGAGACUCUGCGCACAACCAGGCAAUGGGGCACUGGGUUGGAGAAAACAGCAGCGUGAUCCUGACCUUGACGAAGCAGUAUGACUUUAACUUGGGUGCUUUCACUGAGAGUUCUCUGUGGAGAUCAGUGGACUAUGGGAGCACUUAUAUAAAACUGAAUAAAAAGGUUGGGUCAACCUUGGCUUGCCUAUACGUCUGCCCAACCAACAAGAGAAAGAUAAUGAUGCUUAGCGACCCAGAGCUGGAGCAAAGUGUACUCAUCAGCUCAGAUGAAGGUGCCAGCUUCGAGAAGUAUCCCAUUAACUUCUACAUGGACGGUCUGCUGUUUCAUCCAACUCAGGAAAACUGGCUGCUGGCUAGCAGUCCUGACAACAAGGUGUACAGCACAAUGGAUUUUGGAAGAAAAUGGCAGUUGGUUAGUGAGAAUGUGACUCCUGGCCGGUUCUUCUGGGCACAAACUGGGCUAGACAGAGAGGCAGAUGUGGUCCACAUGGAGACCCACAUCGCCAAAGGACGUGCUCAGUAUGUUAAGUGCAGAGCUCAACGAUGCACAGAAUCAAACAGACAAUACCUGUUCCCGGGAUACAUAGACAAAAAUUCUCUGGUUGUUCAGGACAACUAUGUGUUUGUUCAGGUUACCAAGUCAGGGCAGGCGAGUUACUUUGUGUCCUAUAUGAGGGAAUCAUUUAAGCGAAUUCAGCUACCCAAAUACUGUCUUCCUAAGGACAUGCACAUCAUCAGUACAAAUGAGAAGCAGGUGUUUUCUGCUGUACAGGAGUGGAACCAGAAUGACACCUACAGCCUGUAUAUCUCAGACUCUCCAGGUGUCUACUUCACUCUGUCUCUAGAGAACCUCCGGACCAGAAGAGAACCAGGCGGAAAUGUACUGGUCGACCUGUAUAAGGUAGAAGGAAUAAAUGGCAUAUUUCUAGCCAACAAAUUGGUGGGCCAUGAAGUGAAGACAUUCAUCACCUAUAACAAGGGUCAGACCUGGGCCCUGCUGCAAGCCCCCAACACUGAUGUGGCUGGAAACAGUCUGCACUGCAUCCUGCCAUUUUGUUCUCUGCAUCUCCACCUGGAUACGCCAGUGAACCCUUACCUGCCUGGACGCAUCUUUAGCAUGGACUCAGCACCUGGGAUCAUUGUAGCUACAGGCAACAUUGGUACAGAGCUGUCCUCCGCUAACCUUGGAAUGUUUAUAACAUCUGAUGCUGGAAAUAGCUGGAGACAGAUUUUUGAAGAAGAACUCGGUGUUUGGUUUCUUGACAAUGGAGGUGCUUUAGUUGCAGUUUCUUUAGUUGCAACAGUACCCAUCCGGCACGUAUGGGUAAGUCUGGACGAGGGUAAGAAAUGGGAUCGCCACAGUUUCUCUCUGGCUCCUUUGUUUCUGGAUGGAGUCCUCAUGCAGCCAGAGAAUCACAUCAUCACUUUCACUGGACACUUAAGCCGUGUUUCAGAAUGGCAGCUGAUAAAGAUUGACUACAAAGCCAUCUUUAGCAGGAGAUGCAUGGAUGGAGACUAUCAGACUUGGCACCUACAUAACAAGGGAGAGCCAUGUGUGAUGGGAGAGAAGCAGACCUUUAUGAAACGAAGGCCGGGUAACCGCUGUAUGCUGGCCCAGGACUACUCACGAGUCAUAUCCUCAGAACCAUGCAUCUGCAGGACAUAUGAUUUUGAAUGUGAUUAUGGGUAUGAACGUCAAGCCGAUGGAAAGUGUACCCCUGCUUUUUGGUUCAACCCAAGCACUGUGACAAGAAGCUGUAGCACUAGCCAUAACUACCUCAACAGCACAGGGUACAGAAAGGUUUUGUCCAAUAAUUGCAAAGAGGGAGGGAAGGAUGUGUACUCCCCCAGGAAAAAGCAUUGUUCCCCCAGGCCUCCCAGAGGCCUCAGACUGACUACCAGCCAGGGAGAGCUCACCGCCACCGUGGGCAGUAAUGUCACCUUCCUGGUGUAUCUGGACGAUGGAAACUCGUUGUGGACUUAUAUCCAACUAGACUUUGGGGACGGCAUCACUUUCAUGUACAACCUGAGCCGGAGAGGCGAUGGAAUCAAACACAGCUAUAGAGAAGAUGGGAUCUUCAGAGUGACAGCACAUGCAGAGAACAGCCAGGGUUAUGACAUUAGCUCCCUGUUCCUACACAUCACCAGCCCAGUGGAGCGUGUGUAUCUCUCAGCUCCUAUUGUUGCCAUCAGGAAGAAAGAAGCUAACCUAACGGCUGUGGUCUGGCCUGUCCACCACAGAACACUCACCUUCUUCUGGUGGUUUGAAAACAGCUCCGAGCCCUUAAUAACCUUGGAUGGAAGCAUCUCGUACACGUUUUGGAAGGAGGGCAUGAACAGGAUCAUGGUCCAAGUGUCUUCUGGGUGCAACAUACUGCAGGAUACCAAGGUCAUCAUUGUCAAAGAUUUCUUCAAAUCCCUGCUGUUAUCGUUCUCUCCGGCUUUGGACGAGCACAACCCUGACAUCCCGGAGUGGAGAGAGGACGUGGGCCGCGUGGUGAGGACAGCUGUAUCACAGGUUUCUGGAUUUCCAGAGGAACGGCUGUUAGUAUCGUUGUUUCCAGGUGUUCCAACAACAGCAGAACUAUUUAUCCUGCCUGAGACACAGUUGCCUGAACAUGGGAAGCGGAACAAAGAGGACUUAAUAUCAAACCUUGUUAUAAAUGCCCUGAACCACGGAUUGGUCCAGUUUGAGUUGAAAGCUGACACUCAAAUAAUUGUUUACAUCACACAGCUAACUUUGGCACCUCUGGUUUACUCAAACCCUAUUCACAGUAGCUCAGUCAUGCUGAUGUUGCUGUCUGUGGUGUUUGUUGGUUUAGCUGCGUUUUUCAUCUUCAAGUUGAAAAGGAAAAUCCCUUGGAUCCAUGUCCAGGCUGAGGAGAACCAGGAAAAGGAGCCGGAGAUGAUUGGCACGGUCGGGCAGAACAAUACCAUGUCCAAGAUGAAGCUCAGUGAGUUCCCCACAGAGAAGGAACUCAUGGAGAAAGAACUGAAGACCAGGAGCAGAGGAGAAUAUGGAAGAAAUGGGGAGAGAGUGAUCACAAGAGAAUUUCCUACUUGUACUAAUGUCUAAGAAAUUAUAUUAUGAGUACUGUAAGUACAGAUUGUGGUGUUUCAAUGUGCCAAUUUAAAAAAAUCUUUGUUUUCACCAUUUACUUUGGUCGCUGAGAACUGCUACUAAAUAUGUAUUUCACAAGACUUUAGAAAUCUACUAUAUAGCAGGAGAAUAUAUUAUUUUGUGUAUAUACAUUAUUUCAGUAUUGAAGAAUUGUAAUUUGACAUCUAUGGAUGUUGUAUUAGGCAUUAGAAAAUGCCAUUGUUGAACAAAUAUAUUGUGUUCUUAAGUGCCAGAUUGCAUUGCUAAUGAAUUAUUUAGCUCAACAUGAUUAUCUCACGGAUGUUCUCUUGAUAAUGACAACUGCAUCUAUUGUUCUAUUGCACAGGGGAGGUGGAAUGUAGGUAAUAAGACAAAAGGCACACUAUACUGAACAAAAAUAUAAAUGCAACAGUUUCAUAUCAAAUGUUAUUUGUCACAUGCGCCAAAUACAACAGGUGAAAUGCUUACUUACUACAAGCCCUUAACCAAUAAUGCAGUUCAAUAAAUACGGUACUUAUAAGGAAUUACAGUUCAUGUAAGGAAAUCAGUCAAUUGAAAAUAAUUCAUUAGGCCCUAAUAUGUGGAUUUCACAUGACUGGUCAGGGGUGCAGCCAUGGGUGGGCCUGGGAGGGCACAGGCCGACCCACUUGGCAGCCAGGCCCACCCACUGGGGAGCCAGGCCCAGCCCAUCAGAAUUCGUUUUCCCCCACAAAAGGGCUUUAUUCCAGACACUUCUCAGCACAGGUGAAGAUGCCGGAUGUGGAGGUCCUGUGCUGACGUGGUUACAGGUGAUCUGCAGAUGUGAGGCCGGUUGGACAGACUGCCAAAUUCUCUAAACAACGUUGGCGUUGGUAGAGAAAUGAACAUUACAUAAUCUGGCAACAGCUCUGGUGGACAUCCCUGCAGUCCGCGUGCCAAUUGCACGCUUCCUUUAAAACUUGAGACUGUGGCAUUGUUUUGUGUGAAAAACUGCACAUUUUAAAGUGGCCUUUUAUUGUCCCCAGCACAAGGUGCACCUACGUAACAAUCAUGCUGUUUAAUCGGCUUCUUGAUAUGCCACACCUGUCAGGUGGAUGGAUUAUCUCAAAGGAGAAAUGCUCACUAACAGGAAUAUAAACAAAUUUGUGCACAGAAUGUGAGAGAAAAAAACGCUUUUUGUGCAUAUGGAACAUUUCUGGGAUAUUUUAUUUCAGCCCAUGAAACAUGGGACCAAAACUUUAUAUGUUGUGUUUAUAUUUUUGUUCAGUGUACAAAUCAGUGUGGCUGCUUGCUAAACAAUCUCCGGACUACAGUUGAGGCUGUUAGGAUGUGUACAGGUUGAUACAAAACAUGUAGGCCUGCAUUUUUUCUUAAACUGAUCAUUCAAAAAGCUUGGUACAUUGAACAGAGUUUGUAUUAUUUAUUAGCCUACUGCUCAUUUUACAAUAAGUACAAUAAUAUUGUUCACCUUUUCUAGCAUGUCAUCAUUCACUUUUUAGCAGUAACAUGUAAGAUAAUACGAAGAAGUAAGCAAGUGUUGAUCAUGGUGAUUUUAAGAUUAGUCAAACUAUUAAACUGUUUCUAAAACAUUUGUCUGAUGGUCUUGUUGAACAUGUAGCAAACGUUGCUGUAGCGCAUGAGCUGUACUGUGUUGUUCAUUUAGCUGAGCUAAUAUUUUAGUUUUUACUUCACCAUUUCUUACUGUAAACAAAAUACAAUUUUCAAAUUGUUCAAAAUAAAUGUAUUUUUCUAUG